AUGGAGGAAAUUGGAACUCGCUAUAUCUGGUGGGAUUGGAUGUGCGUUCCUCAAGGUUUAAAGCACCAGCUUGACCCUGAAUUAUUCAAGGCCAAAGGGGAGGAGAUCGGGAAACAAUUGCACAUUUACAAAAACGCAGCCAAAAGUAUCGUCUGGCUUCAUUCGACGUCCUGGGAGGAUGAUUCAGCUCUCAAAGAAUUGCUGCUCCUCGAGAUGUCACGGCCUGGUUUCCGGGAUCCCACGCUCGUUCAGGAUUAUACUGGCAAGGCUGGGAGGUGGCUUGAAGCAGCUCAGGCGGACGAGCGCUGGUUGAAAUCGGGUUGGACGUUACAGGAAGGUGUCCUUCUCGGGAGCACUUGUCUGCUCAACCGGGAUGGGAUGACCCUCUCUGACAGCAAGUUCUACAACUCCAGCGAGACCAUCAUUCGUGAUCUGUCAAUCCCGGUCUCCGUCCUCGCCCAUAAUCUAGCGACUGCCUUUUUCAUCCAAAGUGAAGGUCACGAUUCGGACACUACCAGACCCAGGGCCGGUCAGUUCGGGCAUCUGCCCCCGAAAGCACCAGAGUCGGUCAUUUGA